CUGUUUCCCCCUAGUGGAAGCUUUUGAAACUGGUUGCUUUACAAGAGCUGGGCUAGGGGAACUUCCAGCUGCAAGAUAAAAAACUGUGAGACUCUGGGAUUGACCUUGAAUCUUUUAAGUGUUAUGGCAAAUGGAAAGGAAAAAACAGACCAGUCAACUGCUGGAAAAACAUUAAGGUCUGGGAGGACUUGGCAGCAACCCAGGAGAGGCUCAACAUCAGGCCUCCCUGCCUCUUCGGCAGCUGCUUCUGUACCAGUACACUCAAAACCAAGAGGAAUGUCAACAGAAGAGGCCUUAGUGGUUGCAUUAGUGAAGAUAAACGAUUCACUGGAACAGCUUCACAAGAAAACAGACGUGAUAAAUGCGAAAGUGGAUGCUGCAAAUAUUAAAAUCGACUUAAUUGCAGAAAGUAUAAAUAAUCUGGGACAAAAUGUGAAUACCAAUACAGAAACCAUCCAGAAAUUGAUACAGGAAUCUACUUUGAUACGGCAAACUGCGGAUGAAGCCAGGGAGAAAGCCGUUGCUGCUGAAUGUAAAGCAACACAACUGGAGAGAGAGAGAGUCCCAGCCCUACAGAGGCAACUUGAUGAACAUAAGUUGACGCUUGUUAUGAUUGAACUUAAAGAAAAACAGACGAAUUUGAGGAUCAGAGCCCUACCUGAAUUGGAAAAGGAAAGCUUGACAGAGUUUCAGGAGGAGACAGGACUAACAUUGGUUGAGAAAGAGAGGUAUUUGGGGGUUAGCGUGACUGCGAAAAAUGUGAAUCUAUUUAAGGAUAAUUGUGAAGGACGUUGGAUUGAAGUGAAGGGGGAUUUGGAAAUAUGGACAAAUUUGAAGUUGUCAUUGUUGGGCCGAGUUGCUGUGGUGGGGAUGAGUGUUGCUGUGUUGCCGGGGAUGUUGCUUUUGUUUCAAACAUUGCAAGUUUCGGAUGGGAUGGAUUGUUUCAGGAGGUGGCAAAGGGAUGUUUCCAGAUUUGUUUGGCAGGGCAAGAAGCCUCGAGUAAAAUUUAAGAUAUUGACUGAUGCCAAAGAAGGAGGUGGAUUUGCCCUGCCAGACCUUAAACUUUGUUGUGAACCAGCUGCUUUUUGCUGGCUGAGAGAAUGGCUGCUUCUUGAAAACACUGAAGUGUUGGAUAAUGGCAGAUGAAGUUGAUGGACUAUAUGGAAUUGGCGGAAAUGACUGGCAAAAUCCGAGACCAGGGAGAAGAGUCGGUGGAAGAAGACUGGAAAAAGUUUAAAGACUAUUUACAGAAAUAUUGGAAAAUUAAUCAAUGUUAGAAGAAUGUUGGAAUGAAGUUAUAUGGUUUUAGUAGAAAUAUUAUAAGGAAUUAAGUAUAAAUAGAUUAAUAGAAUAUUAAAGGAAAAAAUAAGGCUAGAAUGUGUUAAGAUAAUUAUAGGAUAGAAAACAGAGGAAGAUGGAAAGGAAUUGCUGAAACAAUUAAUAGAAGUGGAAUACAAAAAGGGAGGUGUGAGGAGGUCGUUGAAAUAAGUGAAUGAAAGAUAAGAUAUUGAAAAUGUUUGAGGUGUUCUAAACUGUUUUUGUUUGUUUUUGUUCUGUUUUGUUAGUUUAAUGUGUUAGUGUUAUGUAGUGUUUUUGUAUUGUAUUGUUCUUUUUUUGUAGUGUU